AUGGCCCCGGUGUCCCGGUCCCGCUCUCCCGAGGACGCCGCGGGCUCUCGGAGGUGGCGACGCAGCUCGUCGGGGAGCCCGCCGUCCUCGCCGGCCAGACGCUCGCCGUGGGGAGGCCGGACCCGCUCUCACUCCCGCGGCCGCGAGGGCUUCAGGCCCGCGUGGGGAGGUUCGGGCGUUGGCGCCGCCCGCCCGCUCGGCGGCUCUCGAGAGCCGGCCGCGGCGCCCCGCAACGGCGCGCUCUCGUCCUCGUCCGUCUACUACGGCGGGUGCCGCUACCGUCCCCGCCCCUUCGCGGGCGACCGGCAGUGGGCGGAGGAGUACGGGAAGGAGAAGGAGGAGAGCUUGCGGCGGAGGAGGCUGAGAGAGAGAGAGCGGAUUGGCGAGCUGGGCGCUCCCGGGGUGUGGGGGCUGUCCCCACGGUUUCCGGAGCCGGACUCCGAUGAGCACAGCCCCGUGGGGGGCGACGACGUGAAGGCUCCGGGGACCAGCAGCUCCGACUGCAGCUCCGGAGAAAAAAGGAAGAAGACUGGUCAUCCAAAAAGCAAGAAAAAAAGGAAGAAACGGUCCAAAAGGAAACAUAGGAAGCGUUCUGAUCGUAGUAACGGGAAUUCGGACUCCGACGCGGAUUCUCGCUCUGAUACUGAUCGAAAGAGAGCCAAAAAGGCCAAGAAGAAGGAGAAGAAAAAGAAACACAGAGGGGAAAAAACCAAGAAGAAGAAGAGUAAGAAGAGUAGAAAGGACUCCAGUGACUCAAGCUUUAAAGAUUCGGAAGGGGAGUUGCCGGGAGGUGUCUGGACUGAGCCGUCCAAGGCGGCGGACCCCGCGGAUCUGAUCGGUCCGGAAGCGCCCAGAGCACCCCCCUCCCAAGACGAGAGACCUUUGAACUACGGCCACGCUCUGCUCCCCGGGGAAGGUGCGGCCAUGGCUGAGUACGUAAAAGCUGGAAAGCGAAUCCCACGGAGAGGUGAAAUUGGGCUGACAAGUGAAGAGAUCGCUUCGUUCGAAUGUUCGGGUUAUGUUAUGAGUGGUAGCAGGCAUCGUAGAAUGGAGGCUGUGCGGCUGCGUAAAGAGAACCAGAUCUACAGUGCGGAUGAGAAGCGAGCCCUGGCGUCCUUCAACCAGGAGGAGAGACGGAAGAGAGAGAAUAAGAUUCUAGCCAGUUUCCGAGAGAUGGUGUACAGAAAGACAAAAGGGAAGGAUGACAAGUAAGGACUUCCUGUUGUUCAGCAGGACUUUUAACAGCGGUUCUCUAUGACCAAAAUAGUGUGGAAAGACUUCAUGGUGCUCCUGUAUCUACUGUAUAUCUACUAUGUUAGGAAGUCCUUCAAGAAAAAGCUGCUGUUUGAGAUCUCUUUAACUAUUUUGUUAUUUUUAACUUAAUAUGUGCACAGGGCUGAACAAAUAUUCAAAUACUACAGUUGGAGAGUUAAUAAAAGGUCUUUCAUCCUAGUCUCUGAUUCUUCUCCCCAAAGAAAUAAUUUUUUUAUGUCUUUUACGUCUGUUCAUAAGUUCUGUAUCUAUA